UUUGUGCGCUUUACUUUUAUACACGAGCAGUCGCGAAGAGCGUUCAUACAUACACAUGUAUGUACAAAUUAAACGGCCUAGAAGUUCGUAGUAGAAAGUUCACUGAAUUGUCGAAAAGUAUAUCGACUCUGUCCAGCCUCCAAAACUCGGCACCUCCAACUCUGAAUAAAAACAACAAUUAAGAGCAUGGAUUAUGAAAAUACGGAGAACGACAACUAUGACCAUCCGAAUCUAUCAUCAGAGAGCAGCAGCGUCAGUAGCAAUAGUAACCUGCUGGGGAACGUGCCCAUUUUACCUAUUGUGGUGCAGCAAGCUCAGGACCCUGAUGCGGAGCAGCCCCGACCCUCAACAGUAACAACAACAAGCACUACAACAACCACAACUACAGAAAUUAUAUCAAACAAUACACCCAACAUUAGCAUCAAUUCGUCAGCCUUACAACCUUCCCUGGUCCCUUCAAUCGAUUCUAAUAUAACCACAAACACCCCUGCUGUCUCCACUAAUUCAUCUUCUGCUCCUGUUCAGUUUAAUGCAUCAUUUUUGUUUGAUAUUCAAGUUGCAUCGUCAACAGCAGCAGCAAGUUCGCACCCAUUAAGAAUAUCAGGCACCACCUCAACACAACAAGAGCACCAUUCAGACAUUCAAAAUGAUACUGAAAUUCAGGCAAAUAAUUCAAAUGUCGCCCCUGACCCACAACAUCAUCAGCACCAAUCACAACGAACAGAACAAGAACAACUUGAACAUGUACAGCAACAACAUGAACUUCAUGAACAGCAUUCUCCUACUCCUACUUUUCACCAGACUGCACCGCCUCCCACACCACCGCAACUACAGCCACAGCGCCCUGACGCUGACGUUGUAAUCGAGGACGACGAAACAGAGGACGACGAGCACGAUCACGAGGAGGAAGUCGAGCAGGAGGAGCAGCGACGACAGCUGCAGCCUGUGCCCCCAGAAAUUAUUGACGCCAACGCCAUUGCUGAUACAAUCGACGCAGGCGCCAUUGAUAACGAGGAAGUCGGUGAAGAUCCUGACGAGGAGGAGUCCUCAAAUCAAGCUGCAACUGCAGCAUCAGGCAUCGAAGUGAGAGGCCAACGUCUGCACUCGGUAGCAGUGCUGCCAAGUGGGUCCACCGUCGGUUUCAGCGUAACUCGAGCCUCUCUGCCACAACUCCUUCGCGCGCCACGUCCAGUGGCCAAUAAUAACGAUUUAGGUACCACCUCGGCGUCGACUUCUGCCUCCACCUCAGCGGACAGCACACGACGCACGCGGCACUUCUACAGCAACAACGGUAGUCAUUUCAGCAACGACAUGUUCAGUGCAACACAGAAGAGUCAGCAAAGCUCGCCAAAGACGAGCAGUCGGAAUCGUCACCAGCAACGGCAGCAUUCGCAACACCAGCAAAGCGUUGAUCGCCUUCGAAUGCUUUAUCCGAAUGUUAAUGAAAACGAAACACCACUGCCUCGCUGCUGGAGCUCACAUGACAAGUGCUUGUCCCUAGGCCUUUCACAAAACAAUCUUCGCGUCACCUAUAAAGGUCUCGGCAUAAAGCACAGCGACGCAGCUUCAGUGCGCACUGCCUACCCAAUACCAUCUUCCUGCGGUCUCUAUUAUUUCGAGGUCCGCAUUAUUUCUAAGGGACGUAAUGGGUAUAUGGGUAUUGGCUUAACAGCACAGCAAUUUCGAAUGAAUCGUCUGCCCGGUUGGGACAAACAAUCCUAUGGCUAUCACGGCGAUGAUGGCCAUUCCUUCCAUUCGUCUGGAAAUGGUACCGACUACGGACCAACUUUCACUACCGGUGAUAUUAUUGGCUGUUGUCUCGAUUUUGUGAACAACUCCUGCUUCUACACCAAGAAUGGCGUGAACUUGGGUGUAGCAUUUAAGGACUUGCCUACUAAAUUAUAUCCUACUGUGGGCCUUCAAACGCCCGGCGAAGAAGUUGAUGCCAAUUUCGGACAGGAGCCAUUCAAAUUUGAGAAAUUCGAAGAGAUGUUGAAGGAGAUGCGCGCCAAUGUGCUCAGAAAAAUUGACAGAUAUCCGCAUCUCCUGGAAACACCUGAAAACCUAAUGAGCCGAUUGGUUUCCACGUAUUUGGUUCACAGUGGUUACAGUAAGACGGCUGAGGCAUUUAAUGCCUACACUCAACAGCCCUUCGACGAAGAUUUGUCAUCCAUCAAAACACGUCAAAAGAUCAUCAAACUAAUACAGACUGGUAAGAUGAGCCAGGCCAUUGAACACACAAUACGGUCCUAUCCGGGCCUCUUAGAGAACAACAAAAAUCUGUGGUUUGCACUCAAGUGCCGCCAGUUUAUCGAGAUGAUUAAUGGCGCUGAUGUUGAGCACUCCAACAACAAGGUGACGGUAACCACGCAGACCAUGCCAACAAAUCAAACUUCUGUCAUACAGUCGACCAAGGCCUUUAAGCACAGCAAAAGCAACAACACCAGCCAACCACAAAACAACACUGCGCAACUGGCUGUGAUAAAGAAUAGUGGGAAACAGCAACAACAGGAAAUGAAGAACAUGAUUAUUGAUGAUAAUUCCAACAAAUGUUUGGAGCACGAUUCUAAUAGCAUGGAUGUGGAAAUGGAACCGUGCAACAGCCACGUAAAUGGUGAUACGUGCUCCAAUGGCAAUGCCAGUGCAGCUCGCAACCCUCUAGAUGCCAUCGAUGAGGAAAUGGAUGUAGAUAUGUCACCCUCGUCGCGUAAUUAUGGUCGCGUCAUUGAGAAAAUUCUGGAGUUUGGUAAAGAGCUCUCAACCAUGGGCCAGCAAUUGGAAAAGGACAAUCUUAUGACGGAGGAGGAACGUCAAAUGUUAGAGGACGCAUUUAGUUUGAUUGCCUACUCAAAUCCUUGGUCCAGUCCGCUAGGGUGGCUCUUAUGUCCUUCACGGCGAGAAAACGUUUCUACCACGCUAAAUUCGGCCAUACUGGAAUCACUCCACUUUGAACGGCGCCCUCCACUCGAGUAUUUAGUGGCUCAUGCGGCCGAGCUCAUUAAAAUUAUUGGACAGCAUUCUUUGGGCGAGGAUGCUUUCAUUACCAUCGACGAUGUGUUCCCGCAAAAUUGACCCAGUUCGCCGACGCUGCUGAAGAUGUUUGAGACGACGCUGACAUUGCCACGCACCAGCGUGUUGGCAGAACCCUCCACAUCGACAGCUGCUGUGCAGACGACCAAGCGCCGGCGUAGACGCCGAAACAAAAAGCGUCGCAAGACUUCAAUUUCAAUAGUCGCAGCAGAGGCGCCAUCACGAACCUACGAUCCCGUGAUGACGGGCUCCAAUAUUGGUAGUGCGGGAACAGGGCGAAGGGGUCGGCAUCGGGGUGCCGCUUCAUCGAGAGCUGCAGCAACAGCUGGGGCAGCAGCAGCGUCGUCAUCUUCAUCCAUGGGACGUGGUAGUCCGGCACUUUUUGUUGAUCCACAUGACUUUUUCGAGACGCUCGACUAGUUUAUCAACAAUCUGUAGUAGGUUAAUUUUGUUAUUAAUUUUUAUUUUACAUGCGCGUUUAUUUAAUAUUUGUACCAUUGUAAUUGUUUAACUAUUCUAAAAUAUUACAAUUACUGUGUGAUCGCGGUUGCGAUAGUAGGGCUCGGCGUAGUUAUCUUAUAGCCUGAUUUACCAUACAUAUUGUUAGCAUAUUCAUGCAUAUUUUAUUUGGCUCUAUAUGUAAGCAGAAAAGUGUAAUAUUCUUUUAAUUAAAGUAAAACACCUUAAAAUUCGUGCUGCGCUACAUCAAUAAAUCAUAUAAUUUUUGUGCUGCGCCUCAUUAAUAAUUAAUCAUGUAUUUGCGUUAUUCAUUUUAAUUUUAUGAUGCUUGCAUGAUGAUAACACCAAAAUCGAAAUUAUACUAAAAAAAUUUAAUAUAUAAAACA